GAUGAGUGAAUGCAUCUGAUUGGUCAACGCUAAUCGCCGAACCUCCGACUUCUCAAGUCUUCGUUCUAUCUUUUUCAUCAUGGUUGUGAGCUAUCAUCAACAUUCACAGCAAAAUGCGCCGGAUACCGCGAUCCUCGCGGUCGAUUGACCCAUCGAUUCCCUCCUCAAGCAUGAUCGCUUCAAGAGUACCAUCAUCGCACGUCUGUCGCUCCGCCCUUACCUCCUCCCCCCUCGCUCGCACAACCACCGCAUGCUUUUCCACCACCUCGCGCUACAACAUCCUUGGGGGCACACAAGAUAAAAAGAAGCAUCAGGCGUUUGUGAGGAAAUGGCAGAAGAGAUUGCUCGGUGAUUCGGAGCCAAUUGGCGCCCACGUGGAUCCCUACGAUGCGACGUCCCCCGUUCGAAUCAGCCCUGAGGAAACUGGAGAAGAGGUUGAGACGAUAGAAGAAUCGGCGUCAGAGUCAUAUGGAGCCCCAUACCGGCCUGCAAAAACGGGAGAAGGUCUGACAAAGGUUGGAGGGAAAGAGUGGAUUCAAGAGCGGGAGGAAGAGCUACUCUUGCGGAGGUUUAACAUCCUAGUGGCGCCACAAGGACAUACCUAUGGCGAAAUUGUGAAUUACGAUUUUGCUCCGCAAGAGAAGGUCAAGAGGUUCAAAGAGUUGCAAGCGCUUUUCCAUCAAGCCGUUGUCGAGGUCUUCACGCUCAAACAAUCUGGAAAGAAGAUUGCUUUCCCACAGUUUGCCAACAUAGACCCCGCAUGGACAAGAAAUGUCAAGCUACAUGCUUCACCGGCCGGCAGUGUGGUCCUCUCAAAUGUCCAACCGGAGGACGUUGAACAAUUCCUGGCCGCUGUCGAGGAUCCAGCUGCUCAAAUCGCGGAGGCAGUCGACGAGCUCGUAAUCGACGAGGCUUUUGAAUCCACCGCAGAGGCCGUCGAGGAGGCCGUUCCAGAGCUUGACGUUGCAAAAGAAGGCAAGAAGGCAUCCCCCGCAGCCAAGAAGACCGAAGGCAACCCAUUCGACUUCAUGUCGAACCGACCUGUAUCGCGCGUUAAGCCCGACGAGCCCGUUCCGGAGGUCGAGCAGAUCGUUGAGACAACCGAAGCACCACAGGGUCUGGCAUUCAUUGAGUCUGCUCACCAAGCCCUCGACAAGGAGCUGUCCUCUCACCGUCACGACAUUCUUUUCGCCGCCGCCAACACCUCCGAGCGAACCAUUGCUGCACUCCGCAAAUCCGUACACGGCACCGUUUCCCCUUCCGUUCUUGAGUCCACAAUCGAGGCCAAAUACGGCGGCAUCGCCUUGAACGAUCUCGCCGUCAAGUUUGCCAUCACGAAGCGAAUCCUCCAACUCACCGGCCACCGCAUCCCCGACCCAACCUUCAACUCCGCCAAAAACCUCGGCGACCUCUUCUCCGCCCUCGUCUCCGCCUCCCGCCCGAAACCCACCACCGUCCGCGACGCCCUCAAGCACGAGGCGAAACUCCAGCACAUCCGCAGCAAGCACGGCAAGAACAAGAAGUCGGCGUCUCCCUCUACCUCUUCAUCUAACAACCGAAACGCCGCCCAGAAACCUACCCUCGCAGCGCUCCCGAACGUCAGGUUCCAGGGCAAGCGCAUCUCGCCCGUGCAGAAGGAGAAGGAGGUCGGCAGGUGGAAGGUCAUCGAGUACGCGCUCGCGGAGAGGGACCUCCCAAGGCUGUCAAAGGAUGCUUAGAGGGCCACAACGACUCCUUUUUAGCAAAUUCCCAUGCUGGGGAUAUUUUGAGAUAGAAAAUGUAAAAAUAUGAAUUGU